UGUCUGAGCUCGCUCUCUGAUUGGUGGAGAGUGUGAGAACCUUCAUCCAGAGCUGGACUCACACAUUGACAUGGAGAUGUGGGACUAUAAAAGGAGGGAUGAAGCCAGCAGAGAUCACAUUCUCUCUACAGAGACCUCUACAGCACACAGAUCCAGACAUGGCACCUACAGCCACUGCAGCACUCAACACUUCUCAGGACCACCUGACUCUCAGCCACAAGCUCAGAAAGCCUCUGGUGGAGAAGUUACGCAGAGAGCGAAUCAACAGCAGCAUCGAGCAGCUCAAGUCCCUCCUGGGUCCAGAGUUCCUCAAACAUCAGCCAGACUCCAAACUGGAGAAAGCAGACAUCCUGGAGAUGACCGUUUGCUUCCUGAGCCAGCUGCAGCAGAAGAGCCAACAACAAGGAAGACUGCUGAAGCACUUCCACAGGCUUCAGUCCUCCUCCGAGAAGAAGAUGGGAGAGAUGGACUUCUCUCCUCUGAGCUCUACAGUCCAGACCUAUGUCACCAUCGACAAGAGUGCAGUCAGCAGCGCCCCCUGGAGGCCCUGGUAGAGACGUACAAGAACAAGGACUGGAACACGUGGCAGGAACAAAUCUCCAAGAUCACAUGACGUUAAAUCCAAUUGGAUUGAGAUCUAUAUUUUCAGAGGCGAAAGACUGUUUCAAGGGGUUAUUGUUAUUCUUUCUGAUGAAAGACUUUUGUAAUUCAAUGAAUUGCAUUUGUAUUGAUCAACUUUUAUGAUCAGAAUUACUGCAUUAUUUAUGAAUGCGAUACAUUCGUUUAACAUUUGACUGUUUAGCGUCAAAUGUGUUGGAAAUGAUGUUUCAUGUUUAGCGUUUUUUUUUACAAUGUAAAAAUUAAAAACCCACAUUGGGUCACCUGCUUUGUCAAGCUCUCAGUGUCAAACCGCAUUUUCGGGGUUGAACGAAUGAAAUGUCUCCGCUCACUUUGUCUUUUGUAAAGGCCUCAGUGAGUCCCUACACUGUAUUUGAGUCCAAUAUCUCAAACGCCAAUGUUUUGCCUCGU